AUGAAUAAGGAAGAGGACGAAAUUAAGAACAAAAAAAAAGAACAUAUAUACAACAAGAUAAAAAAGAUAGAACCAGAAAAUAAUAUUCUGAAGGAUAGAAUAUAUUAUCAUAUGAGAAAGGAUUAUGAUGAAACUAUUGAUGUUAUGAAAGUGACUGAUAAUAUAAAAAGUGUUAAAGAAAUAAAAAAUAAUAUGGCAUGUAAUAUUGAUGUAGAUGAUAAGACAUACAAUACAUUAUAUAGAAACCAAAAUAUUAUUAUAAAUAAAAAUAAUAUUUUAUCAUAUUAUAACAACCAAAAUGAUAUAGACAAAAAUGUUUUAAAAGAAUUACAGAGAAGAAAUACAGAAUAUAUAAAUGAAGAUAUGAAAUAUAUAUCAACAAAUUAUAAUAUGAACCUAGAAAAUAAUUAUAUACAUCAUCCAGAUUAUAAUAAUAGCAAUAUAUAUGAUAUGUGCAAUAAUAAUAAUACAAGUAAAUAUUUAGAUUAUAUAAAAUUUAAAAACACUUUUGAUAGUAUUACCAGAUAUAAAGCAAAUGAAAAUAUACAUAUGAAUGAACAAGACAAUAAUAUGUAUCAUAAAAUUAAUAAGAAUUAUAUGUUAUUAUUAAAUGAUGAGGAAUUAAAAUGGGUAAGAGGAAAAAAUAAUUUCUCUGAUACGAUUAAUACAAUUGAUGAUCAGAAGAAAAUUAGAAAUAAUAACAAUAAUAAUAAAAAUUAUUGUAAUAAUAAUAUUUAUAAUAAUAAUAAUUAUUAUUGUUGUAAUAAUCGAGAUGUAUAUUCUUUAGAAAAUGCAACCAAUAUUUUAAAUAAUAACAAAAGGGAAUAUAAUAAUAACAAUUCAUUUAUAGAUAAUAAAAAUAUAGAAUACAUAUCUAUGAUUCCUGACAUACUUAAAUCAUAUAAUUCAAUAAAUGAUAUAAUAAAAUUUGAUGAACUUUCUUUAUAUCAUGAUAAAGAUACAAAUAAAAUAAAUAUAUAUAAUAAUCAUAUAGAAGAAGAACAAAAUAAUAAUGACACUGAUAUUAUAUAUGUUGAGAAAAAAGACAAAUAUAUUUUAUCAAAUAAUAAUAAUAUUAAUAAUAAUAUAAAGGUUUUAUAUAACAACCAAAGAAAUCAUUAUGAUCACAACCUUUUUAAUAAUUAUAAACAACAAGAUGAUCAAAAUGAUCAUGAUAUUAAUAUACAUAGUAAUCAUCUAAAUAAACAAACCCAACAAAUAUUUAAUAACAUGAACAAAAGUAAUAUAUUCUCAAAUAAUUAUCAUAAUGUGGGAGAUAAUAAUAAUAUAUUGGAUGAAAAAAAUAGAAACAUAUUUAGAAAUGAUAAAAAAUAUUUAAAUGUGGAACAAUCAAUAAAUUUAUAUAAUAAUAAUAUAUUGGAUGAAAAAAAUAGAAACAUAUUUAGAAAUGAUAAAAAAUAUUUAAAUGUGGAACAAUCAAUAAAUUUAUAUAAUAAUAAAAAUAUAGAUACUAUCAGCAGGGAUAAAUCAAAUGUAUAUGAUAAAUUUAAUAUAUCCUUUAUGAAUAAUAUGGGUUCUACUUUUUUUAAAGAUGUGGCUAAUAAUAGAUCGAACAAUAAUUAUAACAACCAUUUUGAGGGGGAAAUAAAUAAUAAAGCGAUAAACGUAGAUAAUAAUAAUAUGAAUAAUAUGAAUGAUGUGAAUAAUAUGAAUAAUAUGAAUGAUGUGAAUAAUUAUUAUUCCAAUAUUUUUAAUAGUCAUAUACACUCUUUGAUAAAUCCAAAUGAUCAUAUCAAAGAAAAAGAAAUAAACUUGUCACCUCAAAGAUAUGAACAAACGGCAUUUAAUUCUUACACAGGUGUAAAUCAACUUAAUAAUCAAUACAUUAAUCAAUACAUUAAUCCACUUAUGAACACACAUAUGAUCACGCAUAUAAACCCACAUGUAAAUAAUAACAUAUUAAAUGAAGAACAAACAGAUGUGACAUGUAAUUCUUCAAAUAUAAUUAAUUUGGAUGUAUCAAGGAAUGGAACUUAUUUGGAUAGGGUUCAUAAGAAUGAAGAUCAGAAUUUUAUUAUAAAUAAUAAUAUUAUUUUAUUAGAAAAGCAUAAUCAUAAUGAGAAUGAUAUUAUAUGUAUAAACAACAACAACAACAAUAAUAAUAAUAAUAAUAAUAGUGAUUACAUUUUGAAUAAACAAGAUAUAGGUCAUACGCAUCAUGUGUCUAAGAAAAAUAAUAAAAGUAUAAAUAAUAUAUAUGAAAAAAUUCCAGAGUGUAAUUUAGAUUAUUCUCUUAAAUCUUAUAAUGUCUACGAUGAAAAUAAAAUUCAUAUGAUGCAUUCAGAAAGUGGAGUAUCCCAUGAUAGUAAUAACAUGAGGAAUAGAAUUGUCACAAAAAUUAACGGGAAUAAUAAAAAUAAAAUUAAAAUUAAAAAUAAUAAUAAUAUAAAUAUAAAUAUAAAUAACAUCAACAAUAAUAAUAAUAAUAAUAAUAAUAGUUAUUAUUAUGAUUAUAAUUCUAGUUGUUGGGAUGAAUCGGGGGUAACACAAAAUAUAUCCAAUAAUAAUAAUAAUAAUAAUAAUAAUAAUAAGAUUAAAUGCGAUAAAAUAAACAAUAAUAUUAACUUGAAUAGAUCUUAUAAUAAUGAAGAUGAUUCCAACAAAUCCAUAAUUUGUCUACUACAAAAUAUUCGUUUUUAUAGUAACAAAGUUUAUAAUGAUAUAUUUUUAAAUAUUGAUAGUUAUAAGAAAAAGAAAAUGAAUGAAAUAAAUAUAUAUUUAUUAAAAUUAAGAUCUAAAAAUUAUAAUGAGUUUUUAUAUAACUUAAAUAAAUUUUAUGAAAUAAUCCUUAGUAUGAUAAAUUCUUAUUAUGUAUGUAAAUAUAAUUCUUCAAUUAUUUAUAAUAUAUGUGUUGUUACAAGAAAUUUAUUAUCAUUACUUCAUUUAGGGUUAUAUAUUUUUUAUAUUAUAAAAACAUGUAUGUGUUGUAUUAUUAAAUUAAUAUUAAUGAAACCUGUAAUUGUAACAGAUAAAGCAUGGUUCUUUUUAUUAUAUUUUUAUAAAUGUCUUUUUGAAGAUUUAUAUAAAUAUUUUAAAUUAUAUUUUAUAUAUCCUAUACAAAAUGAAAAAGAAAAUAAAAAAUAUAUUUCUUCACUUGCAAUAUUAUUAUCUUUUAUAAAUAUGUUUAAUGAAACCAUAGUUCAAUAUUCAAAGAUUAGAGUUAUAUCUAGAAAUAAAAAGAAGGAAGAAAUUAUUGCAUAUCCAUUAUUUGAAUCCUUAAAACCUUUCUUAUUUAUAAAUUAUAUGUAUCAUAUAAUAAAAUUAAAUAAUAUACAACAUAAUAAUGAUGAUGAAAUAAAUAUAUUGAAUCAUGUCGAUACUCACACUGAUACCUGCGAACAGAUCGACGAUGAAAAUAAAAGCAAUGCGAUGCUUGAAAAAAAUCAUGAUUGCUAUCACUUGGAUUUUUCUAACGAUUCUUAUUAUGACGACAAAUAUAAUGAAAAUAAUCAUUGUGAUAAUAAUAAAUGUGAGAUAUAUUAUGACCAUACACAUUCUUAUAAACAUGUGGAGAAUAACUCAAGUUCUUUACAUCUACGCUCAGAACCAAAUGAUGCGGAUGUUUUUUUGUCGUCAGAAAAAAAAAAUAAAAAAAAUAAAAAAAAUAAAAAAAAAAAUAUAACAUGGAUAUAUGAAAAUAAUAUGAACACAUGCAAUGAUAAAAAUAAACCAAAAAAUAAACAAAAAAAUAAACAAAAAAAUAAACAAAAUGAUAAUAAUAAUGAUGAUAAUUUUAAAGAUGUUCCAUUUAUAUGUGAUCAAAAUAAAUGUAGUGAGUUAUAUAAUUUAGGAAAUAUAAAAUAUAUGAAUAAUAUAUAUUUAAAUGAUGAUAUUAAUACAAAUAUAGAAAAGAGCGAUUCAAAUAUUUUAUCUUCACAAGAUAAUUAUAUUUAUAAAAAAAAAAUGGAAGAUGAAUUAAUACUUUCUAUAAAAAUAAAUUUAUUAUAUGCUAUACAUAAUUUGAUAAAAAUAUUUUCACAUGUAUAUAUAAAUGACUGGAAUAAAAUAUUAUAUUAUUAUAAUGAAUCUAUAAAUAAAUAUAUUCCAAUAUUUAUCUAUAUAAUUUACUAUGAUAAGAAUCAAAAAAUCAGGACAAAUGCUAUUCUGUGUUUAAAAUAUUUAUUUGAAUGUAAGCAAAUAAAAUAUAUAUUCAUGUUGAAAAAAGACAAACAUGAAACUAUAGAAAGUAUGGAAAAUAAUGAUCCUAAGGAUAGUAAUAUAAAUAAUGAAGCUAAUAAAAAAUACACAACAAAUUUUAUGAACACAGAACAUAGUAACAAUAUGGCAAUAACAAAAAAUAUAUUAACAAAUAAAACAUUAACAAAUAAAACAUUAACAAAUAAAACAUUAACAAAUAAAACAUUAACAUCAAAUGUUAUGAUGAACAAGGAAAAAAAUUUUAUUCAUAAUAAUAAUAGUAGUAGUCUCAUGGAAUCUACACAUAAUAUAAUAUCUUCUAUUUAUAACAACCAGAGUGUUACACAAAAUAAUAGUUCCUAUUUUGAAGAUACUACAAAUGUAGCUAAUGAUUCAUGUAUUAAAGAAAUAUAUGAUGAAAAUAUUUUAAAUUCUAAUUCUAUGGAAAUGGACAUGCCUGACAAAAAUAUAAGAAACAAUAUGAAUACUGCUAUUAUAACUGAAGAUUUAACAAUAAAAAGGAAUAAUCUCAACAAUAUAAACAAUACAAACAAUAUAAACAAUAUAAACAAUAUAAACAAUAUUAAUAGUCAUAGUGCAAACCUUUUUAAAUUAAACUCACAAGAAGAUCUAACUGUAAAUAGUAUUCCUUAUGAUAAUUAUCAUAUUUUUAAUAAUAUAUUACUUUUAAACUAUAAAAAAAAAGACGAUAUAUUUCUUCCAAAUUUUAUAUGUGAUAUGAAUAAUAUGAUUAAUGAUAAUAAUAAUAAUAAUAAUAAUAAUAAUUAUAAAAUGAAUAUGACCGAAAGAAAUAUAAUUUUCAUCCUUUCUAAUUUAAUCAAACUUAUUAUUAUGACAUAUCUUGAAAAUAAUAAAAACAAUAUACACUCUUCUAUAGAUAGACUAAAUAUAUAUCGUUUCUUUUUAAGAGUAGCUCAAUCCAUAUCCAUCACAAAAUAUAAAGACAUACUAUCUAUAAUUAUGAAGAUUUUUUUUUUUUAUUUGUUGAAAUAUGUUAUUUAUUUUAAUAAUGGCGAUGUAUUUUAUUUUUGUAUACAAAAAAUGCUUCAUAAUAAAAAGAAAAAGAGAAUAGACCCCCCAAAAAAUUAUGAUAACAAUAUAGAGAAUAAUAAAAGCAACAAUAAUAAUAAUAAUAAUAAUUGUCAUGUGCAUAAUUAUUCUUCAUUAAAUGACGAAGUAUAUAUAGAUCAUUUCUUAUAUAAUGAUGAUAACAGUUAUGAACUUGACUUUUUUAUAAAUGAUAAGAAUAAAAAGAAACAUAUGAACGAUAAAUAUAAUAAGAAUAAACAUGUAAUAUCAAGCAACAUGAAUGAUAAUGAAUUUAAUAAUUUAGAUUCUAUAGAAGACGAUGAACGUAUUUUUAUUUCUCUAAAUAAUUAUUUAAAAAAUUUAAAGUUCUCUGAUGAUAGUGAUCAUAUAUAUACAACAGAUGAAGACAAUAAUAUAAAAACAAAUAAUAUAAAAACAAAUAAUAUGAAAACAAAUAAGAAUAUAUCCAAUACAUCUGUAGAUAUAAUAGAAAAACAAACUAAUAAUGAUGAAUAUAUAAAAAAAAAUGAUGAUUAUUAUUAUUAUUAUAAUAUAAAUAUUGGUGAUGUUGAAAAUAUGAAAACAAAUCAAUGUAAAAAUAAUAAUUUUAAUUUUAAUACAUAUAAUGAAGAAAUAAAUAAAAUGGAAGAAGAACAAAAUAUUAAAUUGAAGUUUUUAGAAUAUAUAUCUUGUGAUUGUUAUAAUUUAUUAGGUGAUAAUAAAGACACAUUAUUAAAAAUAAUGAAAAUGGAAAAGAAAAAAAAAAAAAAAAAAAAAAAAAUUAUAAGUGAUAAUAUAAAUGAUAUUAAUAAUAUAAGUGAUAAUAUAAAUGAUAAUAUAAAUGAUAUAAAUAAUAUAAGUGAUAAUAUAAAUGAUAAUAUAAAUGAUAUAAAUAAUAUAAGUGAUAAUAUAAAUAAUACUCAUAAUAUAUAUAAUAUUCAUAAUGAUGUUAAUUUGUUAUAUAAACAUAUUGAUCAACUAAAUAAAAAUCUGUUUGCUAAUAAUGAAUACUAUGAACUAUUAAUAAAUAUUCUCUAUUCAAAUGAAUAUUCAAAAAAUUCAAAAUAUAUAUGUACUAUUACUGUUAUAAUUAAUAUAUUUUCUGUCUUGUUAUGUGAAUAUAAUCAAGAUGUAUUUCAUUUCUUAUGUUCUAAUGUUUAUGGUCAUAAUAUAAAUGAAUAUUAUAAUUAUCACAUUAUAUAUUGCCCUGAAAUUAAAGAACAUUAUGUAUAUAAUAUAUCGUUUGCUCAGUUGAUAUAUUUUAUGUUGAUAUUCUUAUAUAAAAUAUUUUAUCAACCUAUAAAAAACACAGAUACAAAAAAAAGCCAUAUGACAAAUCAAGAUAGUUCAAAUAAUAGCGUUCUAUAUGAUAUUCCAAAUUAUGGUGCCAACAUUGGAUCUACUAAUCAGAAACAUAUGAAUUAUAUAAAUGAUAAAAAUAUGGUGGAAGAAAAUAUGAGUAAAAAUAUAGAACGUCUGCAAAAUAAAGAAAAUAAUAAUAAUAGUAGUAAUAAUAUCAUAGGUGAAACAAAAAAAGAACCAGUUAAUUAUUACAACGAAUUAUAUGAUAAUUAUAUAUUAUCAUAUAUACAAAGCGAAAAUAAUGAAAAAAAUAAUAUAAAUAUAUUUGAAAGAAAUAAUAUAAAUACUUAUGAAAGAAAUAAUUCUAUACCAUAUGAUAUACAAAUAUUUAAAAAUAUCUUUUUAGUUUUUCAAAGAACAUUAAAAUAUUAUUUAUUCUGUUAUAUGCAUUGUUGGAAGGAUGUAAAAGAUUUGUUAGAGUAUUUCUUACAAACUGAUAAUAUUAAUAUAAAAAUUAUAUCAAUCAAAAUUGUUAUUGAUAUAUUUAUAUUUAUAAAUUCUUAUUAUGACACUUAUGAAGCUACACAUGAAAAUGUUUCAAUAAAUAAUAAUAAAAAUGAAGAUAUAUAUAUUGACCAACAUUAUGAUAAUGGCAUGAUGACAAAGGGGUAUUAUAUAAAUAAUACAUCAAGUAGUGACAUUAACAAAAAAAACAAAAAAAAAAAAAAAAAUGAGACGCAAAAGAGUAACCAUAAUAGUAGUAAUAAUUUUUAUUAUGAUCAUAUUAAUAAUAAUCAUGGUGAUAUAAAAACAUUCAAUAAUGACUUAACAAAGAAAUAUUGUAAAAAUAAAAAAAACAAUUCUGAUCAAGAUAGUUCUCUCCAAUUAUGUGAAGAAAAUAAUCAUAAUCAAUAUUAUAAUUUAAAUCUAGAUGGGAGUGUCGAUAUAACAAGUCAUUGGAAUAAAAGUAAAUCAGAUAGAAGUACAUGCAGCUCUUCUCAUUCCAUUAAAAAUAUAGAAGAUACAUUAUCAAAUAUUUCAUUUUCAUCAUCAUGCGAAAAAAAAAAAAAAAAAAAAAAAAAAAAAAUUAAUAAAAAUAAAUCGGCACAAAGGGGUAGUAGCCAUAUAAGAUCUGAUAGGAAGGAUUCUAUAGAAGAUGAUGAAAAUAUAAGGAUGCAAAAAAAAAAUAAAAAGUAUAUAAAAGAAAAAGAAAAUAAAGUAAAAAAAUCACUUCAAAUGGAUGAAACAUUUCAAAUAUAUAAUAGAAAUAAUGAAAAUAUUCCGAAUGAUCAAUAUUAUCAUAUGUCUUCAUAUCUAAACCAUUACAAUGAUGAUGAGAAAAAAUAUAUGUUUAUUCGAAAUGUAGAAAAGGAUGUAAUAAAUUUAUUUAAAAAAUAUAUAUUAAUACAUAUAUAUAAUAUAAACAAAAUACAUGAUCAUGUAAUUAAUAAAAAAAGUAAAGUGAAACAUAUAUUUUUAAAUACUAUAAUAUGUAUAUCUCAACUAACAUAUGAAGGUUUUAAAAUAUUAACAAUUAAAGAUAUAAAAAAAUUAGCAAAUCUAGUUUCUUCUUGUGUUCAUAGUAUUAAAUGUAAUAUGAUAACUGCUUUAAGUAAAUAUAUAAUUAAAUAUAUAUUUAUGUUUAAUAAAAAAUUUAUACAAAAUUAUGAGAAAAAAAUUAAUAUCCUCUAUAUUAACUCUACAAAUAUAUAUUAUAAUAAUAUACACACAACUAAUUAUAAUAAUAAUAAUAAUAAUAAUAAUAAAAAAUAUUAUUAUGAUGAUUGUGAUGAUCAUGGUGAUAUUAAUUCUAAUAUUUAUAGUAAUCAUAGUGUGAAUAUAAAAAGUUUUAAUAAUAUACAACAUUCAAACUUUAUUAAUAAAAAAGAAUACAACAUACUUACAAAAAAUACAAACCCUUCUAGUGAUAAAAAUAGAAAAGAUAUACACACUAACAACAUCAAUAAUGUGUGUUAUGAUAAUAAAAAUAAACUUAUGAACGAAAAACAAAAGAAUAAUAUAAAUAUAAGGAUAGAACAAAAUAAUAUGUUUGAUAAUCUUUUGAACGUUAACAAUAUAAAUUUUGAAAAUAUAGAGAGAGAAAAUAAAAAUUCACAUAUUCAUUUAGAAGAAAAAAAUUCUUUUGAUUAUAAUAAUAAAUAUAAAAAUAUAAUAAAAAAUGUGUAUAUUAAUAAUCACGAACAAAUGAAUAAUAUAGACAAUAAAAAUGAUAUUGUUCUAAAUAAAAAAAUGGAUAGUAAUCUUUUUCAUUUAUAUUCUUUAAAAAAAGUAUCAACUAACACAAAAAAAGAAAAUAUGGAUACUAAAAAUGUAUGUGAUGCUAAUCAAACAUGUAACAUAUUAAAAAAUGAAAAUAAUAUAAGGAAUAAUGAUAAUUAUAUAAUGAAAAUAGAAAAUAUUCAAUUAGAUGAUAUAGAGAACCGAGAGUCCAUUUAUUAUAAUGAGGAGAAUAAUAUGAAAUCAAAUUAUCAAGAUUUUAAGAAUGAUAUUGAUAAAAAUUAUGAUGACAGAAAUGGGUCCAUUCAAAAUUAUUCACAAUAUAAAAAUAAAGAUAUAAACAACAACAACAAUAAUAACAAUAAUAAUAAUAAUAAUAAUAAUAAUAAUAAAUAUUUAUUGUUGUAUAACUUAGAAAAACAGAAAAAUGAAGAGAAAUUAUUUGAAUUAUAUUAUAUAUAUAUCUAUAUUAUUCUACACAUAAUAAAUUUUUAUAAUGAUUCAUUUAUAGAUUUAAAAUAUUAUACUUACAAUUGUAUAUGUGAAAUCGCUAGCUCCUAUGUGCCCUUCUAUUUUACUCAUAAGAAUAUUAAAACAUUUUCUUAUUAUAGUAAUUACACGAACAAACAAAAUAAUCAAGAUGUCAACAAAUUUAUAGAGUUUAUAAAUGACCUACAAAUAACUACAAAUAUUAAUGCACUUAAAUUUUACGACAUACUGAAUGUUAGAAGUAAGAAAAUUGAAUCUGAAGAAAAUACAAAUCACACAUACAACAUAAAAAAUAAAUAUAAUAAUGAUAAUAAUAUAAAUGUAUCCUAUAGUGACGAAGAAGAAAAAAAUGACAAAAAAAAUAAUAAUUUUGAUGGUAAUAAUAUGAAACGUGAAAUAGAAGAACAGAACGAUGUAAGUGUAAAAACAAAUAAAGAAUUUUCAAAGAUAUUUUCUUCAGAAGAAUUUUGUUCAAAAGAUAUUUUUUUAAUUUCAUACAUUGAAUAUAUAUACAUCUUAUUAUUAAUUAUAAAAGAAAAAACAAAUACAGAAAAAGAUAGAGCUAUAUGUUGUAUUAUAAGAUAUAUAGCGUUCAUAUGUAAAAAUAUAAAUUUUUUUUUAUUUAAUUCUAUAAAUAUUUUGCCAUCCACAUUUAUGAUUAAAUAUUAUUUAUAUUUAAAUAAUGUCAUUCAUAAUAUUGAUAUGUCUAAUUUUUUUGUGACUCAAGGAAAGAAGGAUUCUAUAGAGACUAACACACCAUCUGAUCAUUCAGAAUAUUAUAAUAAAAAUAAUUGUAAUAGUAUAGAAUUUGAAGAAAAAGAAAAAAUCAAUACUAAAGAAAAGGAAGACGAUAUAUGCAUGAUAUCUGAGAAGAUAAAUGAAGCAACCGUGGAGAAUGAAAAAUAUAUACUCAGAAAUAAAAGAAGCACAAUAAAUGUGUCGACAAAUAUAAAUCAUAAUCAUAGCUUGUAUUUAUAUAAUAAUAAUUUUGAAGAGAAUAAAAAUAGGGUCAAUUCAAAUAAUUUAUUAUCUGUAGGUUUAUUAAAUGAGAAAAGAAAAUAUUAUAAAUUAUAUCAUUUAUUUUUAAAUGUAUAUAUAAAAUAUGAAUAUAAAUUUGAAGAGUCUUAUUUUUAUGAAGAUGACAAAAAAGAAAAAAGAAAAAAUAAUAACAUGUUAAAGCAUGACACAAAUGGAAAGCAUAAAAUUUUUGAAUCAUAUUCAGAUUUGAAGGAAUAUGAAAUACAUCCGAAUCCGAUAAUUAUUGAAAUGAUUGAUAUAUAUCAGAAUGAUAUAUAUAAAUAUACAUCUUCAAGGGAUAUUAAUAAUAAGAAAAAUGACAUACAUAAUAAUAAUAAUAACAACAAUAUGGACGUAGAUAAUAGUAAUAACAACAAUAUGGACGUAGAUAAUAGUAAUAACAACAAUAAUUUAGAUAAUAGUAAUAACAACAAUAAUUUAGAUAAUAAUAAUAACAACAAUAAUUUAGAUAAUAAUAAUAAUGUUGACAAAAAGAUUAUCUUAUAUUUAUUAUCAAUUAUAAAAGAACAUAUAAAGAAUAAAAUAACAUGGAAUGUAUUAUAUGCUUUAAAAUUAAUAUAUAAUAAUUUUUCUUUUUUCUUUUCAUAUAAUUUUUAUAAUUUGCAUAAUAAAAUAUUAGAUAAUUUAAUAUAUACCUUAAGAAACACCAAUGUAUAUAAAAUAAAAAUACUAUCCUCCUUAGCUUUAAUACAUAUUCCUUUAUAUUAUAAUAUUCAAAAGAAUAAAUUAAAAAAUAUGUGGGAAGCAAUAUUGAUAAAUAUAUCUUUUUUUGAUGAGCAUGUAAUAAAUGACAACGUAGUAAGUCCUACUCAGGGUGCACAUAAAGAAAAUGACAAUACAAAUAAUAUGAAUGAAAAAAUAUAUAUUAAUAAUAAUAUGGAUGAAAAAAUAUAUAUUAAUAAUAAUAUGGAUGAAAAAAUAUAUAUUAAUAAUAAUAUGGAUGAUAAUAUAUAUAUUAAUAAUAAUAUGAAUGAUAAUAUAUAUAUUAAUAAUAAUAUGAAUGAUAACAGACAUCUUAAUAGUAACGUUCAAAAUAAUAACAAAACAUGCAACAGCUAUAUUAGUAUGAGUAAAAAAACCGAAUAUAAAUAUAAAUGUACAUUAAAAAUUAAUAUAUGCGAAUUAUUAUAUAUAUGUAUAUAUAGAUCUUAUAUACAUGCUAAUAUUAAUACAGAUAUACAAAUAGGAAAUAAUAUUAGACAUAAAAUAAAUUGUUAUGAAGCCUUUAAAAAAUACACACACAUUUUUAAUAUUAAUAAUGAUAUACAUAUAUAUAACAUGAAUCAUAUUUUUAAUAAUCAUAUUAUAUAUUAUUCUUUCUAUAAUGACAAAAAGGAAAAAUAUUAUCAACAUGGUGAUAAUACACAUAAUCAAAUGAACAUUAUAAAUAAUAACAGUAAUAACAAUAUUGAUAAUAUAAUAAGUGAUCAUAAUAAUUAUCAUCAAACAUAUGAUAAUAUAAAUAAACAACAUCAGGAGGAUUAUAUGGACAAAAAUUAUUAUCAUAAUAAUACAUGUAAUAAUUUAAAUAAAGAAAAAAAUAUAAAUAAAGAAAAACAUAUAAAUAAAGAAAAAAAUAUAAAUACAUAUGAUGAAGUUUUAGAAUUUAGAAUAUUCUUAUAUUAUCAUCUAGAUAAAUAUUAUCAUAUUUACAAAAAUUUAUUAAGUAAUAAUAAAAAUUCUAUAUUUUUAAAUUUAUUUAUACAACUACAUGCAGAAAUAAGAGAUUCUUUAAAAGGGCUAAUAAAUAAGGAUAACUAA